AUGUCGAAAGUAGAUCAUGAGAUCGAAUCUCCCGAGCAUGGGCUCAAGAGAACGUUGAAAGAUCUCUUCGCUGGCGCAGUUGGGGGUGUUGCGCAGGUGCUGUUGGAUAUCGUCAAGGUCAGACUUCAGACGACACAGCAGUACUCAGGUGCACUUGAUGCUGCGACGAAGAUCUACCAGAAUGAGGGCGCGCUUGCUUUUUACAAAGGCACACUGACGCCCUUGAUUGGAAUCGGUGCCUGUGUAUCCGUUCAAUUCGGCGGCUUUCAUUACGCUCGACGAGCAUUUGAGGCCCGAAACGUUGCUGCAUCUGGCUCACCACAACUUUCUUACUCGCAAUACUAUGCUUCAGGUGCUUUUGCCGGAAUAGCCAACACGGUGCUCUCUAGCCCCAUCGAGCAUAUUCGUAUUCGACUCCAAACACAGCCCCACGGCGCCAACCGCCUGUACAACGGUCCCAUUGACUGCGUACGCAAGCUUUCUGCGCACCAAGGUGUACUUGGCGGUGUGUAUCGCGGCACGGCGGUUACUUUCAUGAGAGAAGCUCAGGCGUAUGGCGUAUGGUUUACCACUUUUGAGUACCUGAUGAACUCCGAUGCGGCACGCAACAAUAUCAAGCGCGAUGAGAUCAGCAUGCCCAAAGUCGCAUUCUACGGCGGUCUCGCUGGAGAAAUGCUCUGGAUUAGCAGUUACCCGUUCGACGUUGUGAAGAGCAAAAUGCAAAGUGAUGGGUUUGGCAAGGAUAUGAAGUACACGAGUAUGCGAGACUGCUUCGCAAAGGUGUGGAGAGCGGAGGGUAUGGGUGGUUUCUGGAGGGGCGUGGGCCCGACACUGCUCAGGGCUAUGCCGGUUUCUGCGGGUACAUUCGCAACAGUUGAGGUCACUAUGCGGAUGAUUAGCUAG